CAUGCAUACAUGACCGCAUAGAUGCAUCGCAUGCAUACAUGCCCGCAUAGCAAAACUUAUUUAAAUAAAUCUUCUCUCUUCUAUCAUUCCCAUUUCUCCUCUUCACACAUUUCUGUAGAACUCCCGCUGUGAGAAGAUCGGAUAUGGGACAGGAAGCGGAGAAGGAGAAGGAGGAUGUCGAUGGCGGGAAGAAGAAGGAAGAAGUGUUGCCUGUCGUCAUUUUUAAGGUCGAUGUGCAUUGCGACGGCUGUGCAUCGAAGAUCAGGCGAUGCGUCAGAGGAUUCCAAGGGGUGGAGGGAGUUACGGUCGAUAAGGCUACCAACCAAUUGAGUGUUACAGGGAAUGUGGAUCCCUGGAUGCUUCGAGAUCAUGUAGAAGCCAAAACUCAUAAAAAGGUUGAGAUCAUCUCCCCGGUGAAACCACCGAAGAAGGAGAUCGAUGGCGGUGACAAGAAGCCGGCCUCUGCCGCCGCCGGCGCUGGCGGUGAUUCGAAGGACCAAAAGAAAUCAAAGGAGUUGGUGGCUUCGACCGUGGUGCUGCAGAUUCGCCUACACUGCCACGGCUGCAUUCAAAGAAUCAAGAAGACUAUUCUUAAGGUUAAAG